GCUGGCUGCGGCUGCCGCUGCAGCAUCGUCUUCCUUGUCUUUCUCUGCCCCUUGUCCCUUCUCCCCGCCGGGCGGGGCCCGCAACCGCCGGGAUGGCCGUGCCCCUGACCGACAGCGAAAAGCGAAAGCAGAUCAGCGUGCGGGGCAUCGCCGGACUGGGCGACGUGGCCGAGGUGAGGAAGAGCUUCAACCGGCACCUCCACUUCACCCUGGUCAAGGACCGCAAUGUGGCCACUCCCCGAGACUAUUUCUUCGCGCUGGCUCACACGGUGCGCGACCACCUGGUGGGCCGCUGGAUCCGCACGCAGCAGUACUACUACGAGAAGGACCCCAAGCGCAUUUAUUAUCUUUCCUUGGAAUUCUACAUGGGCCGGACUUUACAGAAUACAAUGGUGAAUCUGGGUCUCCAGAAUGCUUGUGAUGAAGCUAUUUAUCAGUUGGGAUUAGACUUGGAAGAACUUGAGGAAAUAGAAGAAGAUGCAGGUCUUGGUAACGGAGGACUGGGGAGACUGGCAGCUUGUUUCCUAGAUUCAAUGGCUACAUUGGGACUGGCAGCCUAUGGUUAUGGAAUUCGUUAUGAAUUUGGCAUUUUUAAUCAGAAGAUUAUCAAUGGCUGGCAGGUUGAAGAAGCUGAUGAUUGGCUACGUUAUGGCAACCCUUGGGAAAAGGCCCGUCCUGAAUACAUGCUUCCUGUACAUUUCUAUGGCCGAGUGGAACAUACUCCAGAUGGUGUGAAGUGGUUGGAUACUCAGGUGGUGCUUGCAAUGCCUUAUGAUACUCCAGUGCCAGGAUACAAAAAUAACACUGUUAACACAAUGAGGCUGUGGUCUGCUAAGGCACCCAAUGAUUUCAACCUUCAGGAAUUUAACAUAGGGGACUAUAUUGAAGCUGUUCUGGAUAGAAAUCUGGCAGAAAACAUCUCCAGGGUCUUAUAUCCAAAUGAUAAUUUUUUUGAAGGAAAGGAGCUCCGACUGAAGCAAGAAUACUUUGUGGUGGCUGCUACUCUCCAAGAUAUUAUUCGCCGCUUCAAGUCUUCCAAAUUUGGCUGCCGGGAUCCAGUGAGAACCAGUUUUGAAACUUUCCCAGACAAGGUUGCCAUUCAGCUCAAUGAUACCCACCCAGCACUUUCGAUUCCAGAACUCAUGAGAAUCCUAGUGGAUGUUGAAAAGGUGGAUUGGGAUAAGGCCUGGGAGAUCACCAAAAAAACGUGUGCCUAUACCAACCACACUGUCCUUCCUGAGGCUCUGGAGCGGUGGCCUGUCUCGAUGUUUGAGAAGUUACUGCCAAGGCACCUGGAGAUUAUCUAUGCUGUUAAUCAGAAGCACUUGGAUAAUGUAGCUGCCAUGUUUCCUGGAGAUGUGGACCGACUGAGGAGGAUGUCUGUGAUUGAAGAGGGAGACUGUAAGAGGAUUAAUAUGGCCCACCUUUGUGUGAUUGGGUCCCACGCUGUCAACGGAGUAGCAAGAAUUCACUCAGAAAUUGUGAAGCAUUCUGUUUUUAAAGAUUUUUAUGAACUGGAACCAGAGAAGUUCCAGAACAAGACGAAUGGCAUUACUCCCAGACGAUGGCUACUGUUGUGCAAUCCAGGGCUGGCAGAGAUCAUUGUGGAGAAAAUUGGGGAAGAUUUUCUCACUGAUUUAAGUCAAUUGAAGAAGCUUUUGCCGUUGGUCAAUGACGAAGCAUUCAUCAGGGAUGUGGCCAAAGUCAAACAGGAAAACAAAUUGAAGUUUUCUGCCUUCCUGGAGCAGGAAUACAAGGUGAAAAUAAAUCCCUCCUCGAUGUUUGAUGUGCACGUGAAGAGAAUCCAUGAGUACAAGAGGCAGCUGCUGAACUGCCUACACAUCAUCACUCUAUACAACCGAAUAAGGAAAGACCCAGGCAAAUCCUUUGUACCAAGGACUGUCAUGAUUGGGGGAAAGGCUGCUCCUGGUUAUCACAUGGCUAAGAUGAUCAUCAAGUUGGUUACGUCCAUUGGUGAUGUCGUCAAUCAGGAUCCAGUUGUAGGAGACAGGCUUAAAGUGAUCUUCUUAGAGAAUUAUCGAGUGUCCUUUGCUGAAAAAGUGAUCCCUUCAGCUGACCUGUCACAGCAAAUCUCCACAGCUGGCACAGAGGCCUCAGGCACAGGGAACAUGAAAUUUAUGCUGAAUGGAGCUCUCACUAUUGGAACCAUGGAUGGUGCUAAUGUGGAGAUGGCUGAAGAAGCUGGGGAAGAGAAUCUUUUCAUCUUUGGUAUGAGGGUGGAGGAUGUGGAAGCCAUGGACAAGAAAGGGUAUAAUGCCAAGGAGUACUAUGACCGGAUCCCAGAGCUGAAGCAAGUGAUCGACCAGAUCAGCGGUGGAUUUUUCUCUCCUAAGGAUCCUGACUGCUUCAGAGAUAUUGUGAACAUGCUAAUGUAUCAUGACAGGUUUAAAGUGUUUGCUGACUAUGAAGCCUAUAUAGAAUGCCAAGCCAAAGUGGACCAGUUAUAUAGGAAUCCCAAAGAGUGGACAAAGAAAGUCAUCAAGAAUGUCGCUUGCUCUGGGAAGUUUUCCAGUGACCGGACAAUCACUGAAUACGCCAGGGAGAUAUGGGGUGUUGAACCCUCAGAUGUGAAGAUCCCACCCCCUAACAUCCCCAGGGAGUAGCUCGUCCUGUCACUGGGGUACUGUUGGGAACAACAGCCUCAUGGAUUCAAGAUGGAAGUGCUUUUGGUUUCUAGUUAACUUUGCACCAAAUGCAGUUUGCAGUCACUUACCACCGGUGGAUGAUCUUGUCUUUAUAAAGUAGUAUUUCGCAGAGAAGGAAGUGAUGGUGGUGAUGAUGGUUUGAGGGAAAAGAAGGAGGGCAUGAUUUAUGCCUGUUCUUCCAAGUUAGUGAGGUAGCUUAGGUGCUGGGUGCUUUGGGAAUUUGUGCCCCUUUCCUAUUAUCCGCGCCCCCCCAAAAAGCAGCUUUGUGAAGAUAGAAGAAGAAUCCUCAGUAAAAUGAGCAUUCGGUAGGUAGGUAGAUGGAUGGAAUAGCUAUUCUGCCAGCUUCGUCCUGCUUGCUAGUAUGCAUAGUUCUUGGCUUGCUUGCUGUCCUAUCCCCUUCCCCAGAAGACUUGCGCACUAUCUUCCAGCCAGUUUGGACUCUUUACUUCAGGCUGCUAGGACUCUGCAUUGUAAUACCUGUUGUCUAUAUGAAAAUGGUCUUGAUGAGAUAAGGAAUGUGCAUUUCAGCAAAGGCUUUGGAAGUGCAUAUCAAGUGCAGCAUUGCUUGUGAGGCUUCUUUGAAAAUGACCAGGGAUUAUUACAGUCCCCUUUGUCACACACACGCACGCCACGCUCUCCUCCCUUCCCAGUUCCCUCCCUUCCCCUCCAGUGUCCUCUCCGACCCUAGAGAAUCAUGAAACCUUUAAUAUCUUCAUAGAAUUUCAUAGUCUACGUAGUCUUUUCUUCCUUGUGUAUAAAUGAACAGGAGGGGGAAUAAUUCUGUCUCUCAAGAAUUGUCGAUGUCUGGAUUUUUAAAAGCUAAUUCCAUGAAAGAAAUCAAGAUCAUGACUAGGUAGAAGAUAACGAGCAUUUUUUUUUCUUUAAAAAAAGAACAUACUAAAAAGUGCAGUUCUGGCCAAAUCCCAUGGUGCCAACAUGGAAAGAAUGAUAUUUAGCAGACCAGGAACAUUGGGGGCUCUGAGGGAAGAAGAGGGCCUGUUGUGUACAAAGAGCACUCCUCUUUCCUGAACAGAUAGAAUACUUUAUUCCAGUGUCCAGCUUCCCCAGAAACUCAGGUCCUUGGUUCUAGUCCAGUCUUCUUUGGACCUGGGUGGUAGUCAUGGAACCACUGUCAUCAGGAGGGUAUUACUGACUUAAGCUGCAGUUUGCCUUAAAGAUCGAGUUAGUAAUGCUGGGUAGGGCCACAGAUUUGCCAGUAUUAAAUAUUCCCUACUUCCCGACUUGCCUUGUUUCCUACAUCUCCAGACACACUUCCUAGUUGAAGGUGGACAAGGUGAGUCCAUAUUUGUCAGAAAUCUGUCCUUAGAACUUACCAAAGUGCAAGAAGUUCUCACUUGUUCUUCUUGCAGGUAAAACCUUUGCCAUUGCCAAGCAUACACACUCUCUUGGCAUUGCCCUGUCUUAUCCUACAAAUAAACGGAGAUAAAGCUAUAGCAUCGUGUGGGUUCAGGGCCAGCAAGUGAAUAAGCAAACAUGGAGACUUAGAGCUUGAGAGAGGCCCCUUUGGUCCCCAGAUCACAGCUCUGGUGCAGCUACUGGUCCUUUCUCUGGUAGUUUGCCCACAUUUGAAUGAUUAUAAUCUGGGCUGACAUUUCCUAGAAGUGUCAAAAGCAGAACAUGGAGGAGACAGCACCACUUAGUAUAAAUAGAUUGUAUACAUCUUUUAAGGACAGAACUAUUUAACUGAAGGAUAGCAUGGUUUUGUUUUUUUUUUUUUCCCCAAGAAAAAUUAAUUAAGAAGUGAAACUAGCUAUGGCUUUUUCCUUCUUUACCACCUGAAAAUGGUACUGUUUAACUUAGUAUAAACAAGUUAUUUGCUAUGAAUAUAUUAAACUUUCUGAAUACUGGUGAGCCCCACCCAGCAACUACUACCUGUUCUAAUGGGUGUACUGGAACGCCUUAUGCUUCGGCUAAGGACAGUGUAAGUAGCUGAGGACUCCCCUGAAGAGGUAGCUGGACCCCCUAGCUCAUUGGCUCAUAUUUUGGGCUUUUAUCUAAACAAAAUUUGCUUCUCCCCCAAUCUAUUUUCAGAGCAGUUAGGAGAAAAGGAAGUAGGGCUGAAUGUUCUACCUUUUUCUGUCUGAAUAUGAGGGUUCUUGAUUUAGGUCCUACUUUUAUUAUCUGCUGUUCUCUACCACAUUAUAAUGGAGUGGCAUAGAGAACUGAAGAAUGGAGAUUGUGAUUUGGAAGCAGAUCUGGGGUGUGUGUUUCUUUGUUGUAUUUGCUGAACCACCAAGACCAAAGCAUUCUCUGUUGCUAGUGGAAGUGUAUUGUCCUGUUCUUUGAGAGUCGGGUGAAGGACAGGCCUCCCUGGCUACGCUAAUGCUCCAGAGUAGAUCUCAUACUGAUUAAUUUUCCAAAGUAGUGAAAGUCUGCAAAGAAAAAGGUAUGGGAAAAGCUGCAGAGUUAACCAUUUUUUGAUCAUUGGAAAGAGGACCAGUUAUUUGGAUCGAACUCUGAUUUUAAUUCCUUAAGUAUCAAGCUGUUAUUCUUGGAGGCUUCCUUACUUGCAUGUUGGGUGUAUGGAUACCUGUCGCCUUAUUGUCUCUCUCUUUGUUUACGAAUAAGCCAUUGAACAAGCCAGACCCUUAGUAUGCUAGUCCAUUGAGGUUUUCCUAAUGGGGCAUUUCCUUAGUCAGGAAUGCCUGAUGGGGAGUGUUGUUCCAGGAACUCACUGGGGUUGGUUUAGGAGGGAAACCAAACCCUGGCUCAGCCCUGGGGCAGAGCCCUAAUGUUUUCCACCCUGGCUGCAUUCAAACCCUUGUGUACACAGAUUCUGUAUUCCAUGAAGCCAGCACUGUAUGUGUGAAAUCACUGUCUGUAGUGGAUCACUGUUACUAUCCUUGUGUGUGAGAAACUGAUUAAACAAUUAUGUCAAUGGUUAAUUGGA